AAAGCUGCUUCCCGAAGCUUGCCCCAGCCCAUGUCACCCUCUGAUUUCCUGGACAAGCUUAUGGGACGAACAUCAGGGUACGACGCCCGGAUUCGACCCAACUUCAAAGGUCCACCUGUCAACGUGACGUGCAACAUCUUCAUCAACAGCUUCGGCUCUGUCACCGAGACCACCAUGGACUACCGGGUGAACAUCUUCCUACGGCAGCAGUGGAAUGACCCCCGUCUGGCUUAUCGCGAGUACCCCGAUGACUCCCUUGACCUCGACCCCUCCAUGCUCGACUCCAUCUGGAAGCCAGACUUGUUCUUCGCCAAUGAGAAAGGUGCCAAUUUCCACGAGGUCACCACUGACAACAAGCUGCUGCGCAUCUUCAAAAAUGGCAACGUGCUCUACAGCAUUAGGCUGACGCUGAUCCUGUCCUGCCCCAUGGACCUCAAGAACUUCCCCAUGGACAUCCAGACGUGCACGAUGCAGCUGGAGAGCUUUGGCUACACCAUGAAUGACCUCAUCUUCGAGUGGCUGGAAGAGCAGGAGGCUGUGCAGGUGGCAGAGGGCUUGACACUCCCACAGUUCAUCCUCAGGGAUGAGAAGGACCUGGGCUAUUGCACCAAGUACUACAACACAGGCAAGUUCACCUGCAUUGAGGUGAAGUUCCACCUGGAGAGGCAGAUGGGUUACUACCUAAUCCAGAUGUACAUCCCCAGCCUGCUCAUCGUCAUCCUCUCCUGGGUCUCCUUCUGGAUCAACAUGGAUGCGGCGCCGGCCCGUGUGGGCUUGGGCAUCACCACCGUGCUCACCAUGACCACGCAGAGUGCCGGCUCCCGCGCCUCCCUGCCCAAGGUCUCCUACGUGAAGGCCAUCGACAUCUGGAUGGCUGUGUGCCUGCUCUUUGUCUUUGCCGCCUUGCUGGAGUACGCAGCCGUCAACUUCGUCUCCCGCCAGCACAAAGAGUUCAUGCGCCUGCGCCGGCGCCAACGGCGGCACAGGAUGGAGGAAGAGCUCGUCCGCGAGAGCCGCUUCUACUUGCGAGGCUACGGGCUGGGCCACUGCCUGCAGCCGAAGGACGGGGCCGGGGAGGGCCCCAGCAUCUACAGCCCCCCCCUGGCCGGCAUGCUGCUGCAGGAAGGUGAAAGCCUCCGCAGGCGCUACAUCGAUCGGGCCAAGCGCAUCGACACCAUCUCCCGAGCCGUCUUCCCCUUCACCUUCCUGGUCUUCAAUAUCUUCUACUGGGUCGUCUACAAAGUGCUGCGCUCGGAGGACAUCCACUCUGUGCCCUGA